AAACAAAGCGGCUCUCUCUGUCACAGUGCCUCUGCUCCAAUUAAAAUGAAGUGUUUGUGUGUUGUCGUUCACUUAUAGUGCGCAGUGCAUCACCACCCACUUAUAUGGGGACCUGUGGCACAUCUCCCAGCACAUCAUCCUCCUUUCUUUUCGAGGAGGCUGCGUCAGCCCUGGCGGGGCAGGGAAGACCCUCUGUAUGAACAUUCCUUACAUUCUUACGUCUUCCCGGAGUGGCGAUGAUCCGUGAAGCUCACGUCACUCUGCAGAGCUUCACGCUGGGCCUGGGCGUGCUGAGCUACCUGCUAGCCUCCUGUGGGGGCCUGGGUCUCCUGGGCGUGUGGCUGGGGCACUACCUAUGGGCCUACUGCGGGGUGUUCUACCUGGCUGUCAACCUGCUGCUUCUGCUCGUGUACCGCGGCGGUGACUGGCAGAUUGCUGUUAGAGGAUGCUUUCUUGGUGCUUGCUGUGGUGGUGGAAUAUUGGUCAGCGUUCUGUCUCCAACCUCCUACCACGUCUUUGGUUGGUAUGUGGUUGUGCUCACUGUCUUCCAUUUCUCGGAGUACCUCACCACGGCAAUAGGCAACCCCAAGACCCUCACUCUGGAUUCCUAUCUCCUGAAUCACAGCUGGGCUUACGGCAUUGCUGCGGUGGUCAGCUGGGGUGAGUUUUUCAUUGAGCGCUGGCUGCUCCCAGAUAUGAAGAUGAUUUGGUAUGUUAGUAUUAUUGGAAUCAUCAUCUGCCUCUGGGGUGAAAUCAUAAGAAAAUCAGCAAUGCUCACUGCCAAGACCAAUUUCAACCACAUAGUCCAGGUGCGGCGGCAGGAUGGCCAUGAACUGGUGACUUGGGGGACUUACCAACUCUUCCGCCACCCAAGCUAUGUGGGAUGGUUCUGGUGGAGCAUCGGCACCCAGCUGAUCCUUGUUAAUCCUCUUUGUACCAUUGCUUAUACUCUUGCUUCCUGGUCAUUUUUCAAUGAGAGAAUCCACUUUGAAGAAAUGACACUCAUAAACUUCUUUGGUGAGAAAUAUUUAGAUUACCAAAAGAAGGUUGGCACAGGUCUUCCUUUCAUCAAGGGAUUCAUUCCAAAAAUUCCACGAAAACAGACGUGAAUGAAAUGAAACAAAAGCACAAUUUUUCUAAAGAUGUAUACAUUGUGAUUUUGUAAAUAAAUAAAUAAUCUCUUUAAUGUCAGCAUUAGAAUGAAGUGCGUGUAUGCCCUGUGUCCAUCGAUCUCAGUUACCAUUUGAGCUUUAAUUAACACAGAACACACUAGAACUAUGGAUUUUAUUUUAGUUCCUAUGUGAUUGAUAGGCUUUUUAUCUCAAGUCUUUUAAAUUAUUUGACAGAUAACUGAUGCACAGAUACCAGACCAUUUGUAUGGUAAGCUUGGGAUUGAAAUAUUAUCUUGAAUUAUAGUUAUUCUUAUUUCCUUGGCCAAAUUAUGAUAUUCACAUGGAAUAUUGAAUAAGACUAAAAUUGUAUGCAUGAAUGUAUGUAAACUAUACUAAAUUGAUAUUCUCUGUAAAGACAGGAAGCAGAGAAGUGUACAUACUGUCACCUGCAUGAAAGAAACGUGGAGGAAGGAAGUUUUGCACUUGGUAGGAAUGAACAGAAAGCAUUUAUGAUUGGAUGGAUAGUGACCUCAAUGGAAGGUUUUCCCAGCUCUGCUUAGAUUAGCUGAUUGGUUAAGUGCAGGAUAAGGCAUGGCAUUGGUCCUCAAGAGUAAAUAAGCUCUAUAGUCAUGUCUGAUUAUGGAUCUUGCAAUACGUACUAACCCAAUGUACAUAGCAUUAUAUACAUACUUAGAGAGAGCAUUGCCAUAUGAAAAGGUAUGAGUAAUGCAAGUUGCAAGUAGUAGUUAUUGGGUGUGUCAAAUGACGCUGCUUGUUUGUCACCUAUAAGUAAUUUAAUGGUCUGUUAAUUCUAGUUUUGGAGAAGCUGACUAGAUGGUCUGGUAACUGUUGUUUUAUUAUUUUAUCCUCUCAUUGCUUAUUUGUUUGAAUAUUUAACAUGAAAAAUAUACAUCAGGUAUUCAGACUUAAUUUUUGUAAGUGUAUCUUCAUCUGAAAUAUUGUGCCAUACUGAACAGUAAAAUUAGUUAGUACUAACAAAGUAAAAGGCUUAUAUACAGUAUACAGAAGACUCAUUUACUUGUAGCAAAGAAAAUGGGUAUCUAGUCUUGUGCUGAGGAGCUGUUCAUUGUAAAAGGACUAGUGUAAUUCUAGCAUAGUCUUGUAGUGUUGUUACAUCCAUCUAACCAAUGUCCUCUGUCUGACGAAAACUUGUUGCCUCACCAUUCUGCUAAUGACAUCCUAAUACCAUUCUGAUGAUUUCUUUGGCAAUCAUAGUAGCUUCAGUGCAAUGUGGUCAUGUUGUAGUAUUACCUUCUGGGAUAAGUUUGCAACAAUCUUUGAGGAUGUCAAGAUAACGUUGUCCAUUUAUUAGUAACAUUUCUCAAACAAGAAGCACAAGCUUGUCCUUCUCUUUCACUUAACAGAACUCUUAUGACUCCCAUCUGCAAGCCUCUGCUGGCUCAAUUGCAAAGCACUUCAAAUUAAAGGUCUAUAGAAGACUUAUAUUACUUAUAUUCACUGAUAGCUAUUAGAGCCUAGAAUCCUUUCUGAUGACUUGUUUGUAAUGAUUCCUUAAAAUAAAAUGUGGCAUGAAUGAGAAUAAAGGAAGCUUCAGCACAUCCUGCCUUUCAGGUCUUCUACGACACUCUGAUCUCAGAAGCUUGCAUUUCUUCACUAGGACUUCAUGUGAUAGCCAUACAUGUGAUACAGAAAUCACAACACUGACAAAUAAGUUAAUAAUCUUGUGGUUUGGCAACAAAUUUUUGUCAGAUACUGUAACCUUAAUGUCAAUGUAAGUACUGAUCAUUAACCUCUAAAAAGAAAAAUAACUCUAUGCCAUAGUGGUAGCUGAGGAAAACCCAACCAUCAUUGUUAUUUUGGCAAACAUUUGGGUAUUAUUUACUGAUAGAGUUACUAUGAGAUACUAUCAAGAAUAUGUUAUAGAUUUUUCGUUAAUAAAAAGAGGUCUUCUAGGGGAAGUUUACUAAUGUCAACAAGAAGUUGAAAGCGUCUCUUGCAUUGCCUGCUACUCAUACAUCACACUUCAGAAAGUUGAACCACAGCACUGCAUUACUCAAACCCUUGGUGGAACAAAAAUUUUGUACUGACAUUUAACUUUUAUCACUACUACAGCAAUGACAUCUUCCUCUUAACAACAUUCCACACAAGAUUAUUCUUAGCAUACACCUCUGAAGAACCACUACAUUAAAAAUCCCAAUUAGUAUGCUUCACCAAAGCAUACUCAUGCUCUGAGCAGUUGUCUAGUUCAGACAUGCCUGCUGCAGUGGUGCACCACUUGGCACAUUAUCACCUCAGGUAGUACCUCAGUCGCACAAGUAAAAGUUGACAGAGAAUUUGGGAAGCUAAAGCGGGUAGUUAUUGCAAUGCACAGGAUUCCUGAAUGCUCCAUUAACAAGUAUUGACAGCAUAAAGCAUGUGAGUAUUAUGCAAGUGAGAUGUGAUGUACAUACUUCAUUAUCUUCAGUAUUUAACCAACCCGGAAUAGGUGUCAGGCUAUGGUACUUCCUUGGAGGAGAUAGAAUUCUUCUCUGAGAUGCAGUUUUUUAGAUCUUGUGUUUUGAAGUGUUUAGUUUCGGUCAGCAGUUCACCAAACUAAACUUAUGAUGUUUGGAACAGUGUUGAUUCUUUUCCUUUUUCAGUAAGUUGUUUAGGUGACUUUAUUUAACACACCUAGAGAUCUCAAAUGUUGUUCUUAUGUAUGUGUGUAUAUGUAUAGUGUGUGAACUGUAUAAAGAGUAAAGUGUGCAGUCUAA